UAGCCAGAUGGGAGGGCUGGAAUAAUUUGGUGGCAGGACAGAGCAGAGAGUAUAAAAGGUCAGUGCCUGGGGGGGUAGUAAGACCAUGAAGAAUUUGAUAUAAUCAAACAGGAUCUUUUGCUACGGUACAGACAGCAUCUUCCCACAUCAUGGCUGAUUUUGACUUGGUUUUGAAGCACUGGGGUCCAGUGGAAGCAGACUACGCCGGUCAUGGGGGUCUGGUUCUGACUCGUUUAUUCACGGAGCAUCCAGACACCCAGAAGCUGUUCCCUAAGUUUACUGGCAUCGCUCAGGGAGACCUGGCUGGUAAUGCAGCUGUUUCUGCCCACGGUGCCACUGUGUUGAAGAAACUUGGUGAACUGCUGCAGGCCAAAGGCAACCAUGCUGCCAUCCUCCAGCCUCUGGCCAACAGCCAUGCAACCAAGCAUAAGAUCCCAAUUAAUAACUUCAAGCUGAUUACUGAGGUCAUCAUUAAAGUCAUGGCGGAGAAGGCAGGACUUGACGCUGCAGGGCAGCAGGCCAUGAGGAACGUGAUGACCGCUGUCAUCAAUGACAUGGAGGCCAGCUACAAAGAGCUCGGCUUCACCGGCUGAAGAGGUCACUGAAGUCCUGUUGGAUGAUAGACAGGAAAAUCUUUCCCUGAUAAAUGCUUUUUUUGCAAAUAAAAAACCUCAGUAUACAUGGAAUAAUCAGAUUUUAAAUAACAGUCUAUAAAUAUUAACAUAGAGCUGAUCAUAAAGAACACAAUUUCACAAAUUAACUCUAAUUGCAGACUUACUUAUAAAAUGCUGUCGUUUGUUGUUGCUCAGAAAUAAGCAGUUUAACUGUUUAUACUUCAGUUUAAAGAAAUUUUUGAUCUGAAUUCUUGUCUCAUAUUAUCAAUAAAACUCUCUGUUGCUCUA